UUACAUUUCUGGUUUGGUCAGUUUAACCUUUCAGUUACUCAAAGUAAGGUCAACCUUUGUCCACUUGUCUUUGUUGUUUACUUCUAUUUAGGUAUACCUUGUUUUUUAUCCUUUGCUUCGUUAUAAUACCAUAACUUUUUUUUGAAAAGAUGAAUACGAAUGAUAAUGAUUGCGAUAAAACUACAAUAAGAGUGGAGUUAUCGGAUGCUUGUCGAGAUAUAAUUAUUGAUUGGUCAAAGGAAUACAAUGAUGUGAAGAAAGAAUUGUUUAGACAGAUGGCGGAAUUCACUGGAAUACCAAUAGAAAAGACUUGGGAUAUUGUAUUGAAUAGGCCACCCAUUGGAAACGGUGUUUAUCCUGACAACCCUUUUGUUCAUUCUGCUGGAAGCACAGCAUAUUUGCGUUUCGAAAACUCGGAUCGAGAACCUGAAGACAGACCUCAAAGUUACUGGGUUUGUACGAAGAAAGAUUUCAGAUAUAAAUUUUUUGGAAAUGACAAUUGUUUUGCUCUCAAUACAAGAAUGAGGAUGCGAGUUACUCUGGAUGAACUCUACGUUUCAUAUAGCUUAGUUCAUCGCGAUUUGAUUGAUGAAACUGAAUGCAACACGAUGUUUUGUCACCAUUCAAGUAACAGAGCUUUUUUGGAUAAACAAGCAAAAAUAAUGAAUUCAAAUAUUGAAUCUUAUCUAAGAGAUCAGCCUCGUCCAGUUCCUGAUACUAUCAACGGCAUUUAUAUCCUUGAAAACGAAAUGUAUGACAUUGUCUUUACUAGAAAAAGAGAGAUUCUUGCAGAUUUGAAUAUUGGACAAUAUUUUGAUGAAUAUUGCAAGUUAUCUUAUUCACGUGCAAGACCUCGUAUCUACUGGCCGAAUCGUGGUUAAAAUAUGAUUUCAUUUUCAGUAAAUUUUGUUUGCCACA